AUGGUGGAUGCCCAGGCGGCGAUGGGCUCGCUGGAUGAAGGCAUGCGCCUGGCGGGCGAACAGCAGCGCCGUUACAAGGGCCUCAAGGAGAAGAAGGGCGAAGGAAGCGCUUUGCUGAUGAUGGCGAAGUUGCAUCAGCUCCGCGGCGAGACGGAGGAUGCGCUCAACGCCUUGGUGCAGAGCCCCGCGUUGUUCCUGGCCGUGGGUGACCGGCGUGGUGAAGGCGAAGCUUGGUUGCUGAUCACGAAGAUCCAUCUGAGCAAAGGUGAUAUCCAGCAAGCCCAACGGGCGGCUGAGGAGUGUGCCCUCGCCUACAGGAAGCUGGGUGACAAGAAGGGCCGGGCAGAGGCAGCACAGCUGGUGGCAGACGUGCACUUCGCGCUGGCCUCCAUUGGCAUGGGAAACCCACAGGCCAGGGCUUUGGAGCUGGGUGAGAAGCAACAAGCAGCCAUCAGCAUGCACAUCCUGGCAAAUGCGAAUUUGAUGAACCGCAACUUCGAGGAUGCCCUGAAGGAUGCCGAGACGGCCUUCCGCGCGCUGCGGGACACCGUGGGUGAGGCGGGCUCUCUGAUGCUCCAGAGCGGCGCGCACGUGGGGAACCGCGACUUCGAGGAGGCCAAGCGCUGCGCCAAGGAGAGCGCUCGGGAGCCGGUGGACAUCUUGGGCGGGGAGGGUGAGCAGUCCCAUUGGAAUUGGGUGCUGAACUUGGAAACCGGCCAGAGACGGCGUGGACAUGCGUGGACCGGUUUCGACGGAUGGACGUCGGACGUGGAUGGGAAGGAGUCGCGCGACAUGUUCAAGUCGGCUGGAGACUAUCAGGGUCAGGACUCCAUCGAAGACUUCAUGGAUCACGUUGAGGGCUACGAGAAAGGUCGACAGAACUUGGACGACUUCCGUGGCUUCUCCAUGCGCCGCAGCGACCCCCUGGUCGCCAAGGGCGGCGGCGCCCGCCGCGAGCGAGCGCCCAGGCGCCCCUGGGGCGUGCGCGCGCCGCUGGGGCGAAGGAAGAGUGUGUGGGGUUUGGAACAGAAGCAAGUAGACCGUGGUUUCAUCAAGUCACCUUAG